AUGGCUAUUCGUGCGCAGUUUGAAAACAGCAAUGAAAUUGGAGUUUUUUCCCGUUUAACGAACUCUUAUUGCUUGGUUGCGAUAGGAGGUUCAGAAAAUUUUUACAGUGUAUUUGAAAGCGAAUUAAAUGAUAUAAUUCCAGUAGUUCAUACAUCAAUUGCUGGUACUAGAAUCAUCGGUCGUUUAACUGCAGGUAACAAGAAAGGACUUCUCGUCCCAAACACGACGACAGAUCAGGAACUUCAACAUUUACGAAAUUCGCUUCCGGAAUCUGUUCAAAUUCAACGUAUUGAGGAACGUCUUUCAGCAUUAGGAAAUGUUAUUGCUUGUAAUGAUUAUGUUGCUCUUGUCCAUCCUGAUGUUGAUAGAGAAACUCAAGAAAUUAUUCGAGAUGUAUUAGAUGUAGAAGUGUUUACGCAAACAAUUGCGGGUAAUGUAUUAGUUGGUAGUUAUUGUGCGAUAAGUAAUCAAGGUGGAUUGGUUCAUCCACGUACGACUGUUCAAGAUCAAGAUGAAUUAUCAUCACUAUUGCAAGUUCCUCUUGUUGCCGGAACGAUAAAUCGCGGAUCUGAUGUGAUUGGCGCAGGCAUUGUAGUGAAUGAUUGGUGUGCAUUUGCGGGAUUAGAUACCACCGCAACAGAAUUAUCUGUGGUCGAAAGCAUUUUCAAAUUGCAAGAUGCACAACCAACGGCAAUCGUCAAAGAACUAAGAGAUUCACUAGUAGACACGUAUGGUUAA